AUUUCGGUGAAGUGAUCCUAGCAUAAUUCUUCUUCAUUGGUUUGUGAGCGGGCUUAUCCAGUCCCACACAUUGGUUUCAACGAAACGGAUCACCUCAGAAGGCUCCUAGCAGCUACUUAGGAAGCAUAAGUCUUACUUACCCUGGGAUUAACAUCCAAACUAGUAGGAUGGCGGAGCAACCGUUAGGAUCCGAACCGUCGAAACGCACGUUUAGCGAAAGCGCAUGAUCACGCGUACACCAGCAAUGCGGCGAGUAUUAAUGGGGUCACCAUGACAUCUCGGCCCUCCCGCAUCAGCACCGCUGUCUCUCGGCUCAUCCUUCCCCUUCAGAAUACCUUGUUCCGACCUCUUAAAGCCCGCAGUCCGGAUUGUCCAAGAAGGGGGGUUGGUAAACACUUGAAGCUGUGUAGCGAACUUUUUACUAGGGCUUCGGAGGUUGGCAAACUUUUUUGGGGGUUCGCUAUCCAACCAAAAAUUCCCCCCCCGUUCAACUGUUUUAAACCCGCGUGCCAAGUAGUUCAAUGGUAGGAAGGUUGAUUGGAUAGGAGAACGGGAUUGGUUGUCCAGUAGUUCUCCUAGGGAACUCUCAAUCAAAGGUAGGAAGCUCGAGGCGAUUUUGGGACAUUUGUGACACUGCUAGCAGCGCUGGCGUCGCGAGCGUUGCUACGAGCGUCGGAAGCGUCGCGGGUGUCGCAAGCGUUCGUAGCAGUAGCGCGAGGAGGAGUAGCAUUGACGCCGUCAGGACUAGUACUAGCGGCGCCGACACCGGCUAAGUAGCGGUUAAUUCGCUGGAAAACUCGGCGGCGACUGCAGCGGCGGCGGCGGCGGUGGCGGAGACGGCUGUAGCAGGAGCUGGCAUGGAGAAAGCUCGAGAUAAUUCGAGGGAGAGAGAGGAGGAAAAGGAGGAGGAGGAGAAAGAUUUAGAAGCGGCUUCAGCGGGAGGUCCUGCUACGUGCUCUGCCGCGGUGCUUUUCGAGGCACCCUGGUUCGCAGUGCUGGUGGCGGCAUGGCUGGUCUGUGGGCUGGUCGUAGCAGCAUGGCUGCUGUAUGCCAGGCACUCUGAAUACGUGGCGCACAGAGACGAGGCGCUGGGCGUGUGGUGCAAGGAGCGCGCGCUCAUGCUGCAGCAGCUGGUGCUCACCCAUGCUGGCCAGACUCAGACACUCGCCGGCAUUAUCUCAGUCAUGGGCAAGCCCGGGCAGACGGGCCGGUGGGAGUUGAACACGUGUUUGAACGGCAGCACGUGGGGGGACUACCUCACUGGCACUGCGUACGCACGGCCGGGGAACACCGGGGCGGUCUCUUGCGUGUUUGUGAGAGAUGAGGAGAGGGCCUCCUUUGAGCAUCGCUAUGGCAGCAUAAGAGACAACACUCUGAACGUCAGUGCCCGUCGCCCCAUCUACUGCCCCAAGAUCCUCCAGCUCUCGACAACGGUCGCGAUGAACGGCACGGGGAAUGUCGAUCUAAUGAAGCGGUAUUCCACAGAGAUUCCAUACGCCGAGGCGGGAAGGCCCUUCUACACGUGGCCGUAUCCCCUGGUUAGCCCACCAGGCCAUGCUGGAUUCGGUGUGGCAUUUCCUCUCUGUCGCAGCCUCUCUACAAACCACACGAGGCAUGCAGUUGCAUUGACAGUGUAUGGGACGCUUGCUGCCUCUGUUGACGUGACAUCCAUUGUAAAGAAGGUCCUGGAAGAGUUGUACGUGGCAGGUGAGUGACAUAGUCGCAUUGUGAGCCGUGCUUAGAUG